UACAGGGCGCGCGCACACACACCACUAAAAGUUCCUUCAAAAGAAAACUUACAACUCGUCAACACAUUAAGAAAUGUUUCUUUCAGAGUCUGAGGAUGAAUUAGAAGUGCUUCACUCAGAAUCAGACUCUGAGAGCGAGUGCAGCCUGGACGAGGACUAUAUUCCGAGGGGGCCGGCCCGAGAUCAGGAAGACUUCACUGAUGAAGACAGUUCAGACGAGGAGUGGGGUAUUCAGCCCACAAAGAGAAGGUCUCCCAGGAAGCGCCCCCGCUCGGUCACGGCCUCUCCGCUGUCAUCACCCCUGAAAUCCCCAUCUAAGAAGUGGGAACGGAGUCCCCUCAGAAAGAAGAUCCAUAAUGCAUCUACACCCAAAAAAGACACCCCCUCCCCCAAUACCAGCAAGAGAUUAACCACUCCCCGCGGGAAAAAUCAAAGUGUAAAGAGGCAAGCAGAAAGACGGUUGGUGGGAAAGGAAGCAGAUGAAGCCGAUGGAGACCGGUGGUGUGACAUUGAUGAGGAAGAUGUGGAGCCUCCUCAACCGCGGUUCAGACCCGAUAGGGAAGUAGGACCGCAGCUGAACAGAACUGCAAAUUACACGCCACUCGAACUGUUCCAGCUGUACUUCUCUGUGACAGUAAUCAAUACACUGGUAAAAAACACCAAUGCCUAUGGGAAAAAGAAAUACCAAGACCAUAAGGAAAGCUGGGUGCCUGUAACAACAGCAGAUAUGUACUCCUUUGUCUGCCUCGUCCUCUACAUGGGUAUUGCACCGCUGAAAACGCUGAAAGAUUUCUGGAGAGGAUCUAAGCUGUUCAGUCUGCCAUUUCCUGCCUCUGUCAUGCCAUGCAGACGCUUCCUAGCCAUCUCCCGCAGUCUACACAUGAAUGAUCCUGCAGUUGAAGCGGCCAAUGAUCAGAAAAAGGGGACAUUAGGAUACGACAGACUUUGCAAAAUAAAGCCGCUAUAUGGGCAGAUUUUGGAGGCCAGCUACACUUUCUUUCAUCCCCACCAGCAUAUCUCCAUAGAUGAACGGAUGGUGGCGAGUAAAGCAAGGAUUGGGUUCAAGCAGUACAUUAAAAGCAAGCCUACUAAAUGGGGCUUUAAGCUUUUUGUUUUAGCGGACUCGUCCUGUGGCUACACCCUGAACUUUUUUGUGUAUGUGGGAAAAGAAGGUGUACCCACAGGGAAGGGGGUAAGCUACGAUGCUGUCAUGAGACUGCUGAACAUCCCCUUUCUAGGCAAAGGAUACAAGCUCUAUGUGGACAACUUUUACACUAGUCCAACUCUAUUCCUUGACCUCCUUCAGAGAAAAAUCUGGGCGUGCGGCACCGUUCGUUCUAACGUGGCUGGUUAUCCCAAAACGAAAAGGAAUGACAUGCCUGUGAAAACCCCAAGGGGAACUAUCCGGUGGCUCAGAAAAGGAGGGUUACUGUUUGUAAAAUGGUUAGACACCCGGGGGGUAACAAUGUGCUCCACUUUACACAAAGCAUACAGCAAUGACAUGGUGAAGCGGCGAGUGAAAGAUGCAGAUGGGCGGUGGACAGUGAAGGAGGUUUCCAUCCCAGGUUGCAUCAAAGAUUACAACCAGCACAUGGGGGGGGUUGACUUGUCAGAUGCACUCAUUAGCUACUACAACGUCCUCCAUAAAACCCAGAAAUGGUACAAGACUUUGUUUUAUCAUUUUGUGGACAUAGCCACUGUGAAUGCCUUCAUCCUCCACAAAGGAAUGUGCAAGCUGCAGAAUCGGCCUGUGUUAACACAGAAAAACUUCAGGGAACAACUGAUUUGGUCCUUGGCGGAGAUCGGGUCCACUCCACGUCGCUCAGCUCCACAUAACUUCAUGUUGCCCGCUUCUCCAUUCAAAGUGCCACCCGCCUCGCCGUCCACUGUAUUGGCCAGCUCACCUCCUUCUGCGUCCGCUGAGAUGCCGCCUGCUACAGCCACUGAUGCUCCAGGUGUAGGUCACCUGCCAGCCUACUUUGUGGAACAAAUGACCAACGUGGCUCCCAGAGAUCGGGCCACUGCCGGCAGAAGGGCAUGUGUGGUCUGUAAAAGAAAGUCGCCCGUCUACUGCAGCACUUGUCAGAAAACACUUUGUUUCACUUCUUUUAGGAACUGUUAUAGUGAGUGGCAUAGAGACAAUAAGGUUUGUUUCUAAGUGACUACACUUACUUGUGUAGUCUAUAGACUGCAAUACGCAGAGUGAACCAGACUGUCAAUAAGCUGGCAAUUCUCUUGUCAUAAACAUACGCCAUUGAUCACCACAAGUCAACAAACGUCAACUGCCAAAGUCUCCUAU